UGAUAGUGUUUCGCAUCUACGUAAACAAAUGACCUACCAUCAAAUUGUAAUACUACGACCACAAAAAAGAUUUUUCCACAAUUUCAUUUUAAAAUGUUUUUGAAACGAUUGUGACGUUUUGAAGAGCCAAAUACAAACAAAAGCGAUUUUCAAGGAGAGAUGUUAAGGCCAAGCUUUUGUCUCUUCAUCCUGGCUUUUAUCGAGGACUCUGUAUCUCCUAAUGUACAGUGCAGGAAGGAGAUCAACAUUCAAGGUGAAGAAUGCCGAUCCAUUAUUUUCAAAGAACCCAUACAGGACAGAGUCUUGAAAGGCCAUUUAAUCAGGCUUGAAGAGGUGCCCCAUCAAGGCAGUUGUAAUUUGCUGUGUUAUAGGGAGCCCAAUUGUGUGUCCAUAAAUGUUGGGCCUUCACAAGGAGGGAACUACACUUGUGAGUUGAACAACGCAUCGGACGAAAGUCCAGGCUCGUCCAACCUUCAGAGUAAACAAGACUACACUCAUCUCAGUAUCGAGAAUCCCUGCAGCGGCAGUCCCUGUUUCAACAAUGGCACACGUCAAGCUGGGUACACUGAUAAAGGAUUUCGUUGUAAAUGUCCUUUAGGAUUCACUGGCGUAUACUGCAAAAAAGCAUGCAGCUUUGACUUUGAGGAUGGAAUCGGCGGGUGGGAAAAGACAGGCAGAGCUUUCAUCUACCAGCCAACAUUUGGUGACAAUCCAGCAGCUCGGGAAAGAGAAAGCGCCCAGCAGCAAGGGGACUGGUGGAUAGGGGGAGCUGAGAAACGGUCUAAUGAGAGCGAUCCCGCAGGAAAGCUGCAUCCAGAUGGAGCCGACAAACCCAAAGGAACUCUCACUUCACCUUGUUUUCGUAUCGUCGGCAAGAAGAUCUCGUUUCUUAUCGGUGGGGGAUGUACCAUGGCUGAGGCUCGCGCGGAGCUUAUUGUCAACAACGAGGUCGUCAGAAAUGAGACAGGAAACUGUUCAGAGACAAUGUACAGUAAGAGCUGGGACCUAGUGGAGUUUAUUGGUCAAUAUGCGCAAGUCAGACUUGUAGAUGAGAGUUCUGGUGGUUGGGGUCACAUCAACUUUGAUGACCUUAAAGGAGAUAUCAUUUGUCCUCACCAUUUUGACGAGAAAAACUGAACAGAUAGCGCCUCUUGAAACUGACAUAUUAUCUCAAGUUUGGUUUUUUGCAGAUAGUCAUCGUGAAAGUAUGGUGAAACAGCUUUUGACGUAGUAUAGUACGAGAAUGAUUUGUCUUCCGAGUGGGCCAUGAAUUCGUCAUUUGCAGAAAGAAGUGAAUACGCACGAGUACAAAGUCCCUAUAAAUUUACGUACUUGAGAAAACUUAACAUUCCUUUGUUUUCCUCCCAGUGUCAGUGUUAGUUAGCU